AUGUCCGCACCUGCCGGCACCAUCAAGCUCAGCAACGGCACGACUGUCAAAGUCGCUUGUCACGCAUGCGGCCAGCCUGCAACGCAGAGCGUGAUAAUCAAGCUGUGUCGCGAUUGCAGCUCUCAGUGCAAGAGUCAGCGCAAGCAUGAGCUCGAAAAUGACGAGGAUGAUGCCCAGAAUCCUGAAGAAUCGGAGUUGAUGGAUACUACGCCUGACGAGUUCGAGCACUCCACCGCGCUUGAUCACUCUGACGCACCUCAAGAUGUCCAGCUCAAGCCUCUCGAUCGCGAGGUCAACGACUGCGGCUUCGAUGGUCACGGUACGACGCUCGUUCAGUGUUGUUUGCUGGGGGAUGGGCGCAAACUGGUGUCAACCGGCUUCAUGGAGGAGACGCCUCUUGAUACCGUGGAGAUGCUUCCAAGCCUGGUCAACUACCCACUCAACUACUGUCGCGACUCCCAGGAAGCUGGAGCCCUCAUCGCGACCUGGCUCGCGAAGUCGCUGCAUCAGAUUCAGGUUCUGUUCACGAAGCAGGGCGUCUUUCUCGGCCCUCACUUCGCGGCAUUCCAAUUACAAAUCAUCGCAUGCCGUCUGGAACAGAUCGUGGAGUACGGCAUCAAAGACGAUCGCUGGCGAGCCGACAGGAUCUUCGACGAGCGCGUUCGUGGAUACCGAAUGGCUUCCAAGCAGUACGAGGCGAAGUGCAAAGAGCUCCGCCAGAAGAUCAAGAGCUGGGAUGUCAGCAAUGCCGAUAAUUCCCUCGAAUUCGACGGCAUCAAGGAUUCGAUCGCGAGGAUCGAGGGGCUCAGUGCGCAGAUACUCAACGCGAAGAGACCUGUUCCGGAGCCAAAAGUCUCGGCAGUGUUUGAAGAUCUCUCCAUCGCAGCCCCAAACGUGUCAACGGAUAAUCCCCAAAACUCGACGAGCGUCAAAGCGCAGAAGACGCAGCCAUCAUCGAUUUUCGCCCCUCACCCAAAGAGAGCACCAAACAGAGCCCAAGAGCCUGGCAGAAAAGACGAGAACAAGAACAAGCCAGCUACGCCAGGCUCUACACCCCGCGGUCUUUGUCUCCCCUUCAAGAGUGCUCCUUCGCAGGCCGAUCCUCAUCAAUCAUCCAUGGAAGGAAUGGUGCUCGACGAGCCUCAAACGAAGAACCCAACCCCUCAACAGAACUUCUAUGCCAGCGCCCAGCCAAAGAAGACCAUGCUCUCUUCGAGUCUAUGA